GUUUCCAGUAAUGGGAACGAUUACUUGAUCCAGCCAGUUUUUGAAGAUCUGGGAAAACUUAUGCAUUUUAAUGGCAAAAUUUUACCAGUUUCCAUAAAACAACCACAGAAAAACCCGUAACCUGUUUUUGGUACCUGGAGGCAUCACCUCUGAUGAUGAAUAUUGUUUUAUUUUGGAAUUAAGUGUGUGUGUUCUUCGGGAACGAGAUGUAUCUUGCUCUUCUGGUGAUUUUCUUGCAGUGUUCAGAACUUUACACUCAGGACAGAGUUUUUACUUUCAAUACAGUUGAAAUCAAUGUUCAGCCAUCUGUCAAAGUCAAGAAUGGAGCUCCUAUGUCAAUUAUCUGCCAUGCUGAUAUUAGCAAGAGUGCUGAUUUCCAGCUGCAGCAUAACUUUACAAUUUUUAAGGAUGGCAAGCUUGUGUUCAUGACUGUAUCAAACAAAGAUGAUGCUCGAUAUGAAGUACCUAUGGCUAGAUCUUCAGAUACAGGAGAGUAUGAAUGUACUGUGGAAGCAGGUGGGAAGACAAAAUCAAGUAACUCCUUACAUGUCUGGGUAACAGGAAUGACCAAGCCAAUCCUGACUGCUGAGAAAAAAGAGGUUUUAGAGGGUGAAGUUGUGAAAUUACGUUGUGAGCUGCCAGAAGAAGUUCCUCCUUUAUACUUCUAUUUCCGAAAGAUAAAGAUGAAUUCAACACCUAAAGAAAAAUACGUCUUUGAAGCAUACAAAAAUUACUCUGAAGUGGAAUUUUCUGUUGAAGAAGGAGAUAAUAUUUUGCAAUUUGAUUGCUUUGGUAAGAGACAUGUACAACGUGAAUUUGACACCUCAGAACACAGCAACAAAACACUUGUUACAGUCAGGGAACCAUUUAUAAAGCCUGCUCUGAGUGUCAGGCCCUCACAUAAUAUUACAGAAGGAGACAGAAUACAGCUUGAGUGCUCAACUGUGGUAGCCCGAAUGCGUGACAUCGAAAUCAUACUCCAGAAAAACAAAACAAUACUGAAGAGUGUACGAGAUGAGAAAGUUUUGAAGUACUCUACAGUAGCUACUCUGGAGGACAGUGGUGAAUACCUGUGUAAGGUGGAGCAAGGGAGAGCAUCUAAGUCCACCAAAGUGAAUGUUGUUGUGUCAGAGUUAUUCCCCAAGCCAACAUUGUCUGCUUCUAUGAAUAAGCUGGAUGAAAACAGAGAGUUAACUCUGAGCUGCAGCAUUAGUAGCUUUCAGAAAGCCAACUUCUCUGUGCUGCGGAGGAAUUCAAAUGGAGAUGUCUUGUUGGAAACUUCUAGAAACUUAACAAUGAGAGUUAGUGUGAAUGAUACUGGAUCCUACAUCUGUAAAGCUGAAGUAAAAGGAAUAGUCAAGGAGAGCAAACCUGUAAGGAUAAAUGUUUAUGCACCAGUCUCCAAGCCAACUCUUUCUGUUGUCAAUGGUUUACCAGAGGUGGUGUUAGGGAAGCCUCUGCAGUUAAUCUGUCGUUCAGCCAGGGGAACACCACCAAUAACAUUCAAGUUCUACAAGGGAAAUGUGACUAAGGAAAUAGUCAUUAAUGAUACAUAUGCUACAUUCUUGGAUGAAAAUGUUGGACAAAACGGCAAAAAGGGAUACAAAUGUGAUGCUAGAAAUAAUCACUCCAGUGGUGUGAAAACCAGCAAUAUUCUAAACGUCACAGUAGUAGUGCCGAUCAGGAAUGCCAGCCUGGGCAGUGUUCCGUAUGGAGAAGUGGAGGAAGGCAGUGAGACUGCUUUCCUCUGCUCUGUGAAAGAAGGAUCUUGGCCAAUCCACUUCAGGAUUUUUAGAAAAGCUGAUCGUGAUGUGCUUGUAUUUGAGCAAAGUGAACACGCUGACAGAGUCAUGUGGCGCAAGGUCACGAUGAGCAGGCAGGACACUGGGACAUACUACUGCAUGGCUUCUAAUCGAGCUAAUGUGGAUGUGAAAAGCCAUCCAAUAACCAUCAAUGUCAUUUUAGCAUCUUGGAGGAAAGGAAUCAUUGUUGCGUUUGUCCUAAUACCCAUCGCAGGAGCCGUGACUCUCGCUUUAUGGUGGUUUUUGUGUAAGAAGAAAAAGGCUAAAGGACCAUCCAUGGAGAUGUCUGGUCCUGCCUUGGCUACUAACUCAACAAGUGAAAAACUGACAAGACAGCAUGAUGAUGGAGACUACUAUUCAGGACCUGACCUUGAGAAUGCUGAGGUGGAGUACACUGAAGUUGAAGUAUCAACGCUUGAUCCUCACAAAGCUCCUGUACAGAAGGGGACUGAAACAGUUUAUAGUGAAAUCAGAAAAGCUAAUAAUGGCUGUGUGAUUGCAAGGUGGGAAAGUAUAAAUGCAGUGGAGAAUCCCUAGGAAAUAGAUCUAACUUCUUCAGUACUUUCAUAUAUAUUAAUAGUAUACAAGAGCAUCGUGAUGCUACUUAGAACUGUCAUCUCAAAGAUCAGCUGGGAGAAGAAAACAAGCCAAGAUGGAAAUUGUUGUGAAUGAUUCAAAAGCUCUGCAGCACUUAUUUAUGAGUUUACCAGGCUCUUCUUUUCAGAGUUGAUUUCCUUAGAGGGAACAAUAGAGAUGUCCCUAAAGCCUUUAAUGGAAAAAAUGACAAAUAAAAGUUCUAACAGGAAAGUGGCUCUAGAAACCACUGACCUAGGUUCUCAUCUUUAAUUUCUCCUGCUAAUGCGAUUUUUUCUUUCUAGCCUCCAAUUCGUCAUGCUCUGAGGAAAUAAAAGGGGAAACUACAUCUGAGGAAGUACCUUUACGGUGCAGUAACUACUGUGAUACCAGUAGGAUGUAGAAAUGUUUAAACUUGCUUUAAACCAGCUAACUUGGUUAUCAGUAGCACCCUACUGUGGCAGAACAGAGCUCAGCACAGCUUGCCCAACCAUGUAUGUACUUGCUGAACUCCCUGUGCUGCAGCAGCAGGACUGCUGGACCAGUCUUGCAUGUAACACUGCCAUGAGGGCCUAAUGGAAGAGCGAGCUCUGGGCUCUCUUAAAACUUGAAUAACUGUUCAGAGGUUCAGUACUUCAGCAAAUGCUUCUCUCAGUAGAGGCACAAAUAUUCUUCAUUCUUCACUAAAUUGCUUUUCCCCUUUAGACAUUCUGAUGCUUGUUGGUUGGUCUGUGUGAUGGGCCUUUGAGGAAUGAUUACCCAUCACAGUUAUUUUGGGUGACACAAAGUAUCAGUCUUCAGAUGGGUGGAUGUGCUACCCCCAGGUCAGUGAGUUUGUACCUGAAAAUCCUGUUAUGUGUAAUCCCUAUUCCUUUGUAGGGCAGAUUUGAAGUCAUAUUUGUGUCCAGUUUGUCCAGUAUGAAACUCCAUACCUAUCCUUUUUCUGUAGGGUAUGAUAAAACCACUAACAUGGAUCCAGUUUGGACCUGGAUCUAAUCUUUGCAGGCUGUGUUUAUCUCAGUUGCUUUAGUUUACAAAAAGAAUACAGAACAAAACUGAAAAAGUACUGUCCCCAACCCCUUAACCAGCUGGUCUUUGACAUUACAAUUGCUCUCCUUUUCUUACUGCUGAUUAAUUCACUACAAGAUCUGGGCCACAGGUAAGAAGGUUCUCAUUUUAAUUAGAAAAUAGUGAAAGAGAGGACGUGGAUUUGUGUAUACUUACAUAGUUACUGCUUUCAGCAUUGCAUCAAAGGUGCAGAACCAGCAAGAAAUACAAAAGGGUUCUAUAUCCUCAUUUCAAACGUUUAAAUUCUCAAGCUCCAGUUACUGGCUAAUAUCUCUAAUUUAUUGUUCCUAUGCAAAUACUGUUUGUAUCAUAAGCCUUUGACAAAUGACUGACUCUUCUGUUGACAAAUGUUCUUUCCGUCAUCCCAUGAGUGUCCAUACAAAAUGCAUUAGUAUAAGGAAUGUGAAAAGGUAUUUUAAUAAAGAAAACUUUGAAUUGAA